AUGUUGAAACGAUGCUUUGAAUCAAAUUUGCGGAGUGGCACUAGGUCCGUGCUCACUCGUGCCAAGCUCAGUCAGCACCGUCCCAGUAUAGGCCUUAGGCCGAUGUCGUUGAAACCCAACUUCAGCAAACUAAAGAUCGUUCCACCACCACCUGGGGGUGUGGAAGGAGGUGUCAACGAUCCGCUAAAGCCAGUCGAGAUCGACUACUUCCAUGGUUCGUACCAUUGGGACUAUGAACGGAUCACUGCGGUGAUGCUCGUUCCUCUGACACUAGUUCCCAUGUAUGGUGCACUCUCCAGUGGCACGCUUUACCCGCUGCUUGAUGCAAUGCUUUGUAGUGUGCUACUGAUCCACUCGCAGCUCGGGAUUACCAGCUGUAUCAUAGACUACAUUCCUAAGCGCAAGUUCGGGAUAUGGCACAAACUGGCUAUGGGAAUGCUUUACACAGGCAGUGCGGUUGGCCUGUAUGGAGUCUACGAGCUGGAAACUAGUAACAACGGGCUUGUUGACCUGAUCGGCAGGCUCUGGAAAGAAGAUGAGUCGGGGCUCACUAUCUUCUCGAGGUUCUGA